AUGGAUUCAACUCCUCUAAAGGAUUCAACUAACAGAUUGCAACUCAGGCAGAACCAGACUGAGAAAAAGAAACGAGUAAAUGGACCACCGUCCUUUAUGGCUCCAACAGCUGCCACAUCUCGUAAGAUUAACAGAGAUCCCUCUUCUCGAACCCAACUGCGCAGCACAUCUCUUGAUCGGGAGAAGUCUUUGGCUAAACCACCUGCUCCACGUAAGUUGGAAGAUAAACUUCUCUCAAAAAUAGAACAACUAGAGGAAACCUUAAAAGUUAAAAAUGAACAGUUGGAACAUCUCAACUCAAAAGUAGCGUCAUUGGAAGAGAUGCUUAACACUAAAACUAUGUUGAUUGAGAGCAAAAACUGUAAAAUUGAAUCUCUUGAGUUGAGGUUGUCUUGCGCAGAGGAAAAGUUAACGUUCUUGGAAUCUGAGAAAAUUAGUUUAACGGAAAAAUCCCAGAGCUUGCAAUCGAAGGAGGUUUCUUACAAAGCUACUAUAGAGAAUUUCGGAAGGAAGAUUACUGAAGGCAGGAAGGAACUUUGUCACAAAGACUCUAUCAUACGGAAGUUACUGAACGAUGUUGUAGACCUGAAGGGUCAAAUUCGAGUCGCUAUUCGUGUAAGACCAUCAUUAACUGGAGAAGAUAAUUUGAUAAGCAUGCAAUACCCAUCACAGACUUCCAUCAAAUUAGACAUGAAUGGAAAACCAACUACCUUUGAAUAUCAGAAAGUGUAUGGACCUAACAUAAACCAAAAGGUGAUAUUCGAUGAUGUUGAAGAACUUGUUAUGUCAUCUUUACAUGGAUAUAACGUAGCCAUAGUAGCUUAUGGACAGACGGGAAGUGGAAAAACUUAUACAAUGAUUGGAGGAGAUGGACAACAAGAAGGAUUGAUACCACGCUCAGCCCGGAGUAUUUUUAGCAACCGAAGUAAACUUUCUGAAAUCGGUUGGACUUUCGAUAUCACGGCAUCAUUUCUCGAGAUUUACGUUGAAGAAGUUUAUGAUUUGCUUAACAACCGACAAAAGCUUCAGCUAAGGAUGAAUAAUGGAACCUCAGUUGUGGAAGGAGCAAUCGCUAAGAGAAUCGAAUCUGAAGAAGAUAUUAAUUGGAUUUUAUAUACGGCCGGACGAUCAAGAUCUGUUGCGGCUACCAAGUGUAAUAUUCAAUCCAGUAGAAGUCAUGCCAUUUUCCAAAUUAAGAUUAUUGCUAAAAAUUCUAUAAUAGGUUCGGAAUUACAUUCUAGCUUGUCAUUGGUGGAUUUGGCCGGUUCUGAACGCGCAAAGGAAUCUGGAUCUGAUGAGAACAAAGAAAGAUUCAGGGAAAUGACUUGCAUUAAUCUGGGUUUAUCAAGUUUACAAAAAUGUAUUAGAUCUCAACUGAAUAAGAAUUCUCAUAUACCUUAUCGUGAUUCGAAACUAACGCAGCUAUUAAUGAAUAGCUUAGGAGGAGGGGAAAGCAAAACUAUGGUGAUCGUUGGCUUGAAUCCAUCUUUCUCACAAGAUGCCGAAACCAAACGUAGUUUGGAUUUCGCCCAACAGAUGAGUCUGACAAAAAUCGGAGCAGCUAUGAAACAAUUGAAAUGA